GAGAAGGUAGAUAUCCAGCCAAGAGGGGAAGUUGAGGAGAUCCAGAUGGUCGAGGGGUAUGAAGAGAGAAAGUAUCGAAUUGGGAAGGAAUUGGUGAAGCCAGUGAGAUCGAGGUUGAUUAGUAUGAUAAGGGAAUUUGCAGAUUUAUUCGCAUAUUUGACAGAAGAGCUGACUGGUAUCAAGGCUGAAGUUAUCGAGCACCGGCUGAAUAUCGACCUCACUGUAAGGCCGGUGAAGCAAAAGAGGAGGCAUCACAGGGCAGAAAUGGAUAAAGUGAUUGAACUGGAGGUAGAAAAGCUUCUGCUUGCGGGGCAUAUAAAGGAGAUCCAAUUCCUGGAGUGGCUGUCGAACACGGUGAUGGUCUCGAAGUCAGAUGGGAAGUGGCGGAUGUGUAUAGACUUCCGGGAUUUGAAUAAGGCAUGCCCAAAAGAUUUAUACCCACUACCCAGGAUCGACCAGCUGGUCGAUUCCACGGCCGGAUGUGAGUUACUCAGCUUGAUGGAUGCAUCGCAGGGUUAUCACCAAAUCUCGUUGGCGCGAGAAGAUUGGAAAAGGGUCAGUUUUGUGACAAGCCAAGGAACCUAUUGCUAUGUGGUAAUGCCAUUCGGUCUAAAAAAUGCAGGAGCAACAUAUCAGAGAUUGGUGGAUAAAAUCUUCAAGGAACACCUGGGGAGGAACAUGGAGGUGUAUGUGGACGAUAUGUUGGUGAAGAGCAAAGAGGAGAUCGACCACGUGAAUGACCUGAAGGAAACAUUCAUGGCCCUUCGGAAAUACGGAAUGAAGCUGAACCCCGCUAAAUGCUCAUUUGAGGUCAAGUCCGGGAAGUUUCUGGGUUACAUGGUCACAAAGAGGGGAAUCGAGGUCAACCUGGAGAAAGUCAGAGAGGUGGUCGAGAUGAAACCCCCCACGAAGGUAAAGGAGGUGCAGAUCCUAACUGGUCGAAUAGCGGGCCUGAGCCGCUUUAUCUCAAAGGUGGCCGAGAAGAGCGGGCCCUUGUUCAAAACACUUAGGAAAAGUUUGAGGUUCCAGUGGACAGAAGAAGCUCAGAAAUUGUUUGACGAGUUUCAGAGGGUGCUAUUCGACCUGCCAUUGCUAGCAAAACCGGUGCAGGGGGAGGACUUGGUGUUAUAUGUGUCCAUUGGCGACAUAGUGAUGAGUUCGGUGUUGCUACGAGAGGAAGGGAUGGCCCAAUUUCCAAUCUAUUACGUAAGUAAGGUGAUACAGGGUACGGAGAGGAGGUAUUCGAAGAUCGAAAAGGGUACUUUGGCGGUGGUUGUCACCGUCAGAAAAUGGAGGCCAUAUAUCUUGGGUCACAGGGUGAGA